GGGAUAUGAUUUAAAGCAGAAGAAAUUAAGUGCGGUAUAUCCUUAGACUGAUUUUAUUUUCUUCUCUUUUAUCUUUAGAAAAGAAAACGUGGGCCCUCCCUCAUCAAAGCGCCAAUACCAUCAUUUCCCUUGUCUAUAAAUACAAACAAUUCGCAGUUUGAUUAAUGCCACCACACAAUUAGUUCACACAUCAUAUAUAGCUAGUGAGUAAGAGAGAGAAGAAGAUGGCUAAGGGAAGAGGCAGUGCGAUAGUUGUUGCUAUGGUGAUAAUGGGUAUGCUUAUGCUGCCUCAAGUGGCGGAAGCCGCCUCGUACGUGGUGGGCGGCGCCGGCGGCUGGACCUUCAACGUCGAUGCUUGGCCCAAAGGCAAGCGCUUUAAGGCCGGUGAUACCCUUGUGUUCAACUACAAUUCGGGGAUCCACAAUAUGGUGGCGGUGGACAAGAAGGGCUACGAUAGUUGCAGCGCCCCUUCGAGCGCCAAAGUUUAUCAGAGUGGGAAGGAUCAGAUCAAGCUUAAAAAGGGACAGAGUUUCUUCAUCUGCAGCAUUGCUGGCCACUGCCAAUCUGGAAUGAAAGUUGCUGUCUCUGCUUCCUAAUUAUACAAUUAUCCACUACUUGAUGCAAUAAUACUAAAUAACUAUUAAUCAACUUUACUUUUCCUUA